GUAGCAGUCUCUGCAGAGGCCAGGGUGAAACUGGCUGCAUCUAGCCUGUUCAACCCUCAUCUCCUUGAACCCUUCGGGUACUUAGGCGUUCAAUCCUUUCUUGGGCACCCGAGGUGCUCAUCUUAACGCACCCCAGGGCCUAGGACAGGGUGCCAGGGGCGCGGCUCAGAUCUGUCCAGCGCAGUCUGCGGUCCUCGCGCCGCAGCGCUGCGGCUAAGAACACUUGGCUGGGGGGCCUGCGGGUUGCGGUGUGUGUGUAUAUGUGUGUGUGUCUGAGUCUGUGUGUGCGUUUGCUGGUGGUGCCGAUAUGUAAAGCAGCUGGCGGCUCUGGGCGGGGCCUGGGUUCCAUGCAAAUGAAGGAGGAGGGGCUACCCUGGGGCUCCGCCUCCCUCCCCCGCAGCUGGGGCCAGCGGUGCCAAGCACAGCUGGACCAGCGGCAGCAGCUGGGCGAGUGACAGCCCAGCAACGCGCGCGCGGCCGCCGCCAGAGCCGGCGCGAAGGGGCAGCGCGGCCCUGCGGUCCCCGGGCGGCAGCAGCGGCCGCCUAGUCCCGCGCCUCUCCGGGCUUACAGCCCCGCGGUCCCGCCGCCCCGGGGCCGCCACCUCUCGGGGCUCCCCCCAGUCCCCGCGCGCGCAAGAUGGCUGACCCGGCUGCGGGGCCGCCGCCGAGCGAGGGCGAGGAGAGCACGGUGCGCUUCGCCCGCAAAGGCGCCCUCCGGCAGAAGAACGUGCACGAGGUGAAGAACCACAAAUUCACCGCCCGCUUCUUCAAGCAGCCCACCUUCUGCAGCCACUGCACCGACUUCAUUUGGGGCUUCGGGAAACAGGGAUUCCAGUGUCAAGUCUGCUGCUUUGUUGUACACAAGCGCUGCCAUGAAUUCGUCACGUUCUCCUGCCCUGGUGCAGACAAGGGCCCGGCCUCUGAUGACCCACGGAGCAAACACAAGUUUAAGAUCCACACCUACUCCAGCCCUACCUUCUGUGACCACUGUGGAUCACUGCUGUAUGGGCUCAUCCACCAGGGGAUGAAAUGCGACACCUGUAUGAUGAAUGUCCACAAGCGCUGCGUGAUGAACGUCCCCAGCCUCUGUGGCACCGACCACACAGAACGCCGUGGCCGCAUCUACAUCCAGGCCCACAUCGACAGGGAGGUCCUCAUCGUUGUUGUAAGAGAUGCUAAAAAUCUGGUACCUAUGGACCCCAACGGCUUGUCAGAUCCCUACGUAAAACUGAAACUGAUCCCUGAUCCCAAAAGUGAGAGCAAGCAGAAGACCAAGACUAUCAAAUGCUCCCUCAACCCGGAGUGGAACGAAACCUUCAGAUUUCAGCUGAAGGAAUCAGACAAAGACAGAAGACUGUCCGUAGAGAUCUGGGAUUGGGACCUGACCAGCAGGAAUGACUUCAUGGGAUCUCUGUCGUUUGGGAUUUCAGAACUACAGAAAGCCGGAGUGGAUGGCUGGUUCAAGUUACUAAGCCAGGAAGAAGGCGAGUACUUUAAUGUGCCGGUGCCGCCGGAAGGAAGCGAGGGCAAUGAAGAGCUGCGGCAGAAGUUUGAGAGAGCCAAGAUUGGCCAAGGUACCAAGGCUCCAGAAGAAAAGACAGCGAACACUAUAUCCAAAUUUGACAACAAUGGCAACAGGGACCGGAUGAAACUGACCGAUUUUAACUUCCUGAUGGUGCUGGGGAAAGGCAGCUUUGGCAAGGUCAUGCUCUCAGAGCGGAAGGGUACAGAUGAACUCUAUGCCGUGAAGAUCCUGAAGAAAGAUGUGGUGAUCCAAGAUGACGAUGUGGAGUGCACAAUGGUGGAGAAGAGGGUGCUGGCCCUGCCUGGGAAGCCCCCAUUCCUGACUCAGCUCCAUUCCUGCUUCCAGACCAUGGACCGCCUCUACUUUGUGAUGGAGUAUGUGAACGGGGGCGACCUCAUGUACCACAUCCAACAAGUUGGCCGUUUCAAGGAGCCCCAUGCUGUAUUUUACGCUGCAGAGAUUGCCAUCGGUCUUUUCUUCUUGCAGAGCAAGGGCAUCAUUUACCGUGACCUGAAACUUGACAACGUGAUGCUGGAUUCCGAGGGGCACAUCAAAAUCGCUGACUUUGGCAUGUGUAAAGAGAAUAUCUGGGAUGGGGUGACAACCAAGACAUUCUGUGGCACUCCAGACUACAUUGCCCCAGAGAUCAUUGCUUAUCAGCCCUACGGGAAGUCUGUGGACUGGUGGGCGUUUGGAGUCCUGCUGUAUGAAAUGUUGGCUGGCCAGGCACCUUUUGAAGGGGAGGAUGAGGAUGAACUCUUCCAGUCAAUCAUGGAGCACAACGUGGCGUAUCCCAAGUCCAUGUCUAAGGAAGCUGUGGCAAUCUGCAAAGGGCUAAUGACCAAACACCCAGGCAAGCGCCUGGGUUGUGGGCCUGAAGGGGAACGAGACAUUAAGGAGCAUGCAUUUUUCCGGUAUAUCGACUGGGAGAAACUCGAACGCAAGGAGAUUCAGCCACCUUAUAAACCAAAAGCUUGUGGGCGAAACGCUGAAAACUUCGACCGGUUUUUCACCCGCCAUCCACCAGUCCUAACACCUCCUGACCAGGAAGUCAUCAGGAAUAUUGACCAAUCAGAAUUCGAAGGAUUUUCCUUUGUUAACUCUGAAUUUUUAAAACCCGAAGUCAAGAGCUAAGUAGAUCUGUAGACCUCCGUCCUUCAUUUCUGUCAUUCAAGCUCAACAGCUAUCAUGGUGACAUUUUUUUUCUUUUCCAUUGCCAAGUUACAUCCGUGUUUUCUUUUCUGAUGAGGCUAGAGUGGCCAUGUUUCAGAACCCAAAUGUCCUCAAGUAGUUUGGAGCAUCUCGAGGAGAUGGAAUUAUGCAGGUGGCAUGUAGAAAGUGCUGCAUAAUCGAGACACGCUCAGAGCCCUACUAUGUGCAUCCCUAGCAUGUCGGCUCACAGGCCCCCAGGGGAGAGAAAAUGCUUGCUUUUCUCCCUGGUCCUCUGCACUGCCAUUUUUACCCUGACCCCCAGUCUACAUCCUUCCUACAAAAUGGAUAGACGAGCCAAAUGCUAGCAACAUUCUUCCACCUUCCCGGCUGGGAGCUUGGCUUGAAUCCAAGUAUAUGGCUGCUUUGCCCUAGAGGGAAUCCCUCCACGCUGCCUGUUCUGGAGGCAGUGGAGCUUUGAAAAGAACAUGCUAAAAAUAAAAAUUUAUUUUUAUUUUUUUAACUCAAUGUUAAGAAGAUUAUCUAAGUCCUGGGGAAAAAAGGAAUGCGCUUUUAGACAAGUUUCCAUCUAAAAGCACUUCCAGGGUCGAAGGCAACCAGCUUGUGUGCUGUCACCUUGCUGUAGUUUCUAAUACUGUGUGUCUGAUAGUGGUACCCUCAUCCCCCAAACUACUCCAGAAUGACAUUUGGCACUGUUCUUAGAACCACAUGGUCACUCUAGCAAGGUCCUAAAGGACCCUGAUUCUACAUUACAUUUCAAAUGUUACUUGCUUUUUUUUUUAAUUUCUGUCAUCAUUGAAAUGCAAAAAGAAAAAAAAGAAAGAAAAAGAAAAAAAUUACUCACUUUGUUACACAUGCUUUAAAAUCUGUGUCCAGAUGUUAUUAACCAUAAUGCCCUGCUUUGUUCAACCAAGAAGACGGCUAUGGAACCCAGCAGAGUUCUGCCUGUGGGGUGGGGACUUGUCUAGAUAUACCACUGGUGUUGGAGAAGUAAUUGUGUGCUCUGAGAAAGACACCAUCUCUCCAAACCAUGAUGGGUGCAUUCUUCAGUUUGAUGUCAUUUUGCAAGAUGUUUGUGGGAAUGUUUAUUUGCACUUCGGUAUCUGUUCUGAUAAUUUUCUCCUAGCAUCAAGAUACAAUAUAAAAAAAGAAAGAAAGAAAGAGAGAGAAAGAGAAAGAAAGAAAGAAAGAAGGAGAAAAAAGAAAGAAAAAGAGAAAGAGAAAGAAAGGAAGGAAAGAAGGAAGGAAGGAAAGAAGAAAACCUAUUUCAAAGAAAAACGUUCCCUUUGAACAAGGAGGACCCACACUUCAGAGUAGGCUCUAAAGAAGGAAUCCAAGAGAAAAGGGUUAAAGCUGGAUCUUUAUUAGCUUCAGCAUUAACCAGCCAGAGAGUAGGACCUGGAGACUAUUCAGGAUGCCUGAUGUCUUGGAAUGGGGUGGGAUAGACAGGCUGGAGCCUCCCAUACCAUCAGACUUCAGAGACCACAUUCCCACAAGAGUCAAGCUAGGAACAUUCCCAAGGCCCUUAAGCUUCUCAUCAAAAUUACCCCUCUUCCAAAUUUGAGCAUCCUUGAGCAAGCAACUCAGUUGAGCUCCCAGAAGUCCACGGGAGCCCCUGGAGCCGGAGAGACUUCAUUUCUUCCUGAACGGAUGGGCAUGGCAGGUGGCCCCUUACCUUUGCCUAUAUCUUAGCACCCUGUUUUUCUCACACAGUCCUGAGGAGAAUUCUUACCACAGGUCAAAAGAUGUCUGGGUCCUCCAUUGCUUCAGCGGGAUCACACAGAAGCUUCCAAAGGACCAUAUCCUUGAAGUAUAUCUCAUCUUUAAGAAGACUAUGCCUUGGGGUUCUGCUGAGACAAAGACCCUUAUAGUUCAUUCUUUCCUGGACUCUUGCAACUCAGCUUUAAGCUUGGGGCAUGUCCUGCUUAGAUCAUGUGAAGCAAGCUUGUUGUCCUAACUGACAGUCUUAUGAUAUUAGCUACCAAGAGAGACCAGGACAAUCCUGCUCCUCACUCUGUUAUUGGGGCAACUGGCAUCUGUAGAGUAGAAAUAAUUUCCUGCUUGGUUGGUCAGUGGCGAUACAAACACAAGUAUCCUGACCCCUGACAAAGGACUCUGUCUGUUCUGUAACAAAACAAAUAUUUCUGAGCCAUGUGUCCACUCUCAGACAAGUUAUGUAGGGUCUUUCAUCUGGUCACUGGGUCACCAGGCCUUGGACAUAUGCUCAGAAUAAAAACCACAGAGAAACCUUGUGCCAUUGGCAAGUGAUCUGAGACAACCUUAGAAACAGUGUAGGAAGGAAUGAUGGAUAGAUGGAUGGAUAGAUGGAUGGAUGAAUAGAUGAUAGAUAGAUAGAUAGAUAGAUAGAUAGAUAGAUAGAUAGAUAGAUAGAAUAUGUAAAUAUAUACACUACGCUCUACAUUUUCAGAUUCUUACCAUUAUGUUUUAAGGUCCUUAGUUGUCAGAAAUAGAUACGCAAGCCGCAGUGUCUGUUCCCUUAGUUUGAUGAGGGUGGGUCAGAGAAGCUUCUGAGAAAGUAAUGGAUCAUGAAUCAGACCUCCCACUGCUUCCUCUUCCACCAGUUUUCUAGAUCAGAGGAAGCCAAGAAACACUUUUCAUCACAUAAGAUCUCUUAUGAAAUAUUUUGCAAUUCUAUCCAAACAAUAAAUUAUUUAUUUUUUGCAACCAUCCAUUUUUGUAUCCUCCAUCCAUUCAAGUAGCAUUUAUUGAACACCAACUGUGUGCCAGGCUGGGUGCCAGGAUCCUGGUGAGAAAUAAUAAAGAUGCAGUCCAUCUCCUUCUCCCUCUUUCCCCAGCAUACCAUCUGUGGGAAAGAUGGCCGUAAAACAAGUAAUUGAAAACAUGCUGUUGUCUAAAGUCUCUGAGCUUAUUAAGAAAAUCUUCCGAUGGAGGUUUUCACAGCUUCUUAGUCUCUUGAUAGACCAUGUUUUGGAGCUGACGGCAUCCUUUCCACCUAGAUGUCUACAACAAUCAUGUACUACAGUGGGAAGAGAAAGAGUGAGGUGGGAUGGACUCUUCUAGAAGGCCAAUGACACAAGCUCCAUACUUGAUCUGACUAGAAGCUCCCACAACAUGAACAGGUGCCCAUGUCUUGUGGAGAAAGGGAACUAACUGGUUGUACAACUUACCACUGAGUCUGCAGUGUCCACUCUCAUUGUAUAUCCAUCACUCGGCUAUCUGCAGGCCCUCAGAGGGGAAUACCAUUUCCUUUUAGAUCACUGAUGAUUGAAUCAUGUGACCCUUGCUGGUUACAUCCUGAUCCCUCUAGCCCAUCUGAAACAGACUUAAAAGACACACACACACACACACACACACACACACACACACACACACACACACACUUAACUUCUGGGAGAACUGAAGAAAAAAACAUAAAAGAAAUCUUAACUAAAGGUGCUGAAAACUGUGACCAAUCAUAUGUCUGGAUCCAAGAAUCCACUUUUAAAUCUUGUAUAUUUCUUACUGAUCUCCUCCUCUAAGAAAGGAUGGGGUCAUGAUAGACCCAAAGCAGGCCAGUGGAAUUAACAUUCUUCCUAGGAUGGGUGUUUCUGGUCCCACAUGGCUUCAGAUGCAAUUCUCAAAAGAAUUGUCACAACAAAGGAGCCCAUUCCCACUCAACAUUGUAUGGUAAAAUUUUGGAGAAUUUUCAUGGGAAGGCCUACUCAUGAGAGAAACUCAUUAAAAGGAAUUCUUAUUUGGAACACAUGGCUUACUGAAGCACAGCAAAUUAAAAAAGGCUUCCAGAGUUGGAGCUGGUAGGAAGGAAGUUCUGUCACAUGCUCUCAGGUAAGGAUAGCUGGGUAGAAAGAGAACCCAAAAGAGGAGCUGCCUAUCUUUUGCCCCCAGGUCUGCCUUUCUGUACACACAGAGCGUUGUGGCUUCCAGACCUCGUGCUCAUACAUAGUUGACUCCACACUGACUCCAUUUACAUAAGCCUUAGGACCUAUGAAAAUAACUGCUAUCAGUUUUGCUUCAAUGUGAAGAGGAAUCUGCCUCAGGAAUUAGGAAAAGCUAGGAAGUACCCCUUUAAUGAAGUCUUCUUUAUCGAUUUGAUGAGUACUUAUGAACAGUCUGUUGUGUGCUCAGUAGCAUUGGAAACACAAUAGCACAGAAACAGACAAGUACCUUGCCCUCUUGGAGAAAAACAAUGCAAAUUCCCCAAAGCAUAAGUGUGCUGAAGACAAUGAGAAGGAUGGGGCUUAAAGGAUCAAGAAAGAGAAACAGUAUUAAAGAGGCAGAAGGUAUCCAAGCUCCCCUCCAGAUACAUAAAGUAGCAACAUGGAGUGCCCAAUCCUGGACACAAAAGCCCAGUAUGAACAGGUCCCCACAAGAGAUGACCCACCAUGUAGGAAACAGCUUCAUGAGUAGCCUUAGCCUUGUCUUCUAUACUACCCUCUUCCAGAUGACCUUCUGACACCAAUUUGUCUCCCUCAGUCCCAUAACCCUACUCAGACACCCUAAUAGGAGGUACCUGUCACAGGGGAACAUCCAGAAAGAAGUAGGUUAGAGCCUAGCAACAGGAAAUUCUUAUCAGCCAGUCUCCAUUAGGGGCUAAACCUAUUAAGAUUGACCAAAGUGAAUCAGCCAGUAAACUCUUGUGUAACACACCCUUGGCUUCAGCCAGGCACCUACGUGUUGCUAGUGAAUCCCAGGAACCGUGAAAACAGUCUUCAGGCUGUCUCUCCAGCCAGUGUAGUUGUAAUGAGGGGAGAAUCAGCUGCUAUGUGGUCAGAUAUAAAUCUCCAUCCCACUGCACAGGCUUGGGCAAGUCCCUUCAUUGACCUAUUUUCUCAUAUGCUCAACAGUGGGAGACAAGGACAUCAGCUUUGCCUUCUCCAGACAGAUGAGGUGAGAUUGGGAAGGGCUAAUAGGCUUGCAGGGGCCCUGGAGAGACCAGCACAUCAUAAAGUCACCCACAUCCACAUUCUCUGGUAGAACCUGCCUCAAACUAGUUACCAACUCCUGGACGCAGGCAGGCAGGCAGGCAGGCAGGCAGGCAGGCAGGCAGGCAGGCAGGCAGGCAAGCUAGCUGGCCAGGUUACCUACUCCAAGAAUUGAGUAGUUUCAUCUUUCAAGCUUUCCUUCAUAGCUCUUGCUUUAAGUUUUGUAUUGUUUCUUAUGGAAGCACAUCACCACCAUCUUUGGAGAGACUCUGGCUAGUGAAGACCCAGAUUCUACUCUUGUGUUCAGCUUUUGGGCAGCAUUUCAAAGCCCAACUUUCACCAAUCUCUUUUGGGGGGGGGGGCUGAAUCGAAAAUAGGAGUUAAGUAGACCCUAAGGGCCUGGCCAAUUCUGAGCCAAAUCUUCUGACACAGUUCUGGCACCAGCUAGGCUGUCUGUGGUCAGCAGUGAGUCUCAGACAUUGUGAAGGUGAGGUGGGUGGUGUUUAGCUUCUUGGAGUGAACACUGAGCUGCUCUCCUUACAUCGUCAUUUGCCUUCUAAGAGCAAUCUCUCUCUCUCUCUCUCUCUCUCUCUCUCUCUCUCUCUCUCUCUCUCUCUCUGUCAGCUCCUGGCCACAGGCGUUGUCAUUGAGUUGUUCUCCUCCAGGAUACUCAUCUAAGAGCUAAGUCUAUGGUGUUAGCUGUGAGGAAACAGUUACCAAUGUAAUUCACCUCAGAGUCAAAGCGUAGGACACUCCCCUCCACACAAACGCACACCUCUUCAGGGCGAUUCUUUAAAAAAGAAAAAUCAAUGAAUCUUUUCUUCUCAUAGAAAAUUGGCACCAAGUUUUCUCUCCCCGCCCCGCCCCAAAGCCAGCAUAUAAUAUGAACGGAGAGCUGAUGUGAGGCAUGCAGCUGCUAAAAGCUGUCAGCACAGGGCUUUCUGACUACUCAGGAGCUUUCCUCAGCCUUCUGGUAACUGGCAUGUCCUGGUCAUGUUUGCUGCUGCUGCUGCCGCUGCUUCUGUUUUAAUGUGUUUGCUUUCCAUUUGGCAGAGAGACAAGCGAGACACCUCCAACUUCGACAAAGAGUUCACCAGGCAGCCUGUGGAACUGACUCCCACUGACAAACUCUUCAUCAUGAACUUGGACCAAAAUGAAUUUGCUGGCUUCUCGUAUACUAACCCAGAGUUUGUCAUUAAUGUGUAGGUGAAUGCAGAUUCCAUCGCUGAGCCUGUGUGUAAGGCUGCAGGCUGAAUGUCUAUUAUCAAUUCCAGUCUUCCAGGAUUCAUGGUGCCUCUGUUGGCAUCCGUCAUGUGGAGAGCUUGUCUUAGAGGGCUUUUCUUUGUAUGUAUAGCUUGCUAGUUUGUUUUCUACAUUUCAAAAUGUUUAGUUUAGAAUAAGUGCAUUGCCCACUGAUAGAGGUACAAUUUUCCAGACUUCCAGAAACUCAUCCAAUGAACCAACAGUGUCAAAACUUAACUGUGUCCGAUACCAAAAUGCUUCAGUAUUUGUAAUUUUUAAAGUCAGAUGCUGAUGUUCCUGGUCAAAGUUUUUACAGUUACUCUCGAAUAUCUCCUUUGAAUGCUACCUAAGCAUGACCGGUAUUUUUAAAAGUUGUGAGUAAGCUUUGCAGUUACUGUGAACUCUUGUCUCUUGGAGGAAACUUUUUGUUUAAGAAUUGGUAUGAUUAAACUGAAUUCAUAUAUGCAAA